AUGAAUUCUCAAGCAUCGUCUUCUUCGACGCUCACACCAGAUGUCGCCUCUUCUUCAGCUGCACCGCAAAAAAGCUAUUGUCUCCUAGCUCCCGGGUUCAGGUUCCAUCCAACUGAACAAGAAUUGAUCUUGUAUUAUUUAGCGCGAAAAGCAUUUGGGGAACCCUUAUACACCAAUAUUAUUCCUGAUAUUGACGUCUAUAAAUUUGAGCCCCAUGAAGUACCAGGAAAAGUUGCAGGAGACAUCGAAUGGUAUUUCUUCAGUAAGCUGGACAAGAAAUAUGACACAGGAGUGAGAGUGAAUCGAUCUACCGAAAGAGGGUUUUGGAAGGUAACCGGGCCAGAAUACAAAAUCAAAUAUGGCUCCCAUGUGAUCGGCGAAAAGAGGUUUCUCGUGUACUACGACGGGCAUUCGAAGAUGGGGAGGCGGACGGACUGGGUGAUGCACGAGUAUCGACUGACCGACGCAACACUCCUAGUGGCCCAACCCAGUGACGUCUGUGCAGUCUACAAGUUAUUUUGGAAAGGCAACAGCCCAAUCCCUAAUGGCCCUGCACCCGUUGCCGCCGCGGUGGAGGGAGAGCAAAUUCAUAACAAUAACGUUGUUCCAGCCGAUGCCGUUCCUCAGCCUUUGGAGGCAUUUGGACCGAACGACAACAAUAUAGAGACGGCACUAGCUGAGGAGGGUCUAGAAGUAGCACCGGCUGCUUUCGCCCUGCUUAUUCACAAAGAAGCCCCUGCUGGAACUCUUGAUCUCUUGACCAAUUUCGACGGCGAGGGUUUGUCUGAACACUCGGAGGAGACUUCAUCCGCGAGGGAAGACACCCCGACCCGUCCAGUCAAGAGACCCAAAAUUGAAGCUGAUAGCCCGCAGAACCUUUCCCCGAGAACUCAAGAACCGAACAGCUCAAAUUCUGUGGCGGAAGCUAUACCAUCACUGAAAUUGAGCUUGGCAUGCCUGGCGUCGGAAACAGCACCCGAGCAACAAGAACAGCGACAAAUAGCAACGCCGCAGCCAGUUCCCCAGGAAGCCGUGGAGCCACCGCAAACAACAAGUGUUCAAACCGCGCCAGCAAUUCGCAUAACCGUCAAGAGGGAGACCGUUAAGCGUGAGACAUCGGAAGACUAA